AUGUCUCCCAGUGCAGCUCAGACCGUCUCCUCUGGUCUUAACAAGCUCCAGCAGACCAUCAAUGGUAGUGUCGAAGGACAGAAGAUCGCCGACUUGGCAAAAGACACUCGAGAUUACGACGAUCCAGCCAAUAGAAUCACAACGGAUUAUGGCGUGAAGCAGAACAAUACAGAUGAUUGGCUGAAAGUCGUCAACAAAGACCACACUGGCCCAAGCCUUCUGGAGGAUCACGCAUCGCGAGAGAAGAUCAACCGCUUCGAUCACGAACGCAUUCCCGAACGAGUAGUUCAUGCUCGUGGCGCCGGAGCAUUUGGCACAUUCAAAUUGCACACGAGCCUCGAACAAUAUACCUCAGCUGGAGUUCUGACCGACACAUCGCGAACAACACCCACCUUUGUGCGCUUCUCUACAGUGCUCGGUAGCAGGGGAAGCGGUGACAGUGUACGUGACGUUCGAGGCUUUGCUAUCAAGCACUAUACACAGGAAGGCAACUGGGAUGUCGUCGGCAACAAUAUUCCGGUUUUCUUCAUUCAAGAUGCAAUCAAGUUUCCCGAUCUCAUCCAUGCGGGCAAGCCAGAGCCCAAUAAUGAAGUCCCACAGGCGCAGUCGGCUCACAACAACUUCUGGGACUUCCAAUACAUGCACACAGAAGCUACCCACAUGUUCAUGUGGCAGCAGAGUGACCGAGCUAUUCCAAGAUCGUACCGCAUGAUGCAAGGGUUUGGCGUCAACACAUUCACCCUCGAGAACGCAAAGGGCGAGAGGCACUUCGUCAAGUUCCACUGGACACCUAAGCUUGGUGUGCACAGUUUCGUGUGGGACGAGGCGUUGAAGCUCGCCGGUCAGGAUCCCGAUUUCCACCGCAAGGACUUGUGGGAGGCUAUCGAGAGCGGGUCGUACCCAGAGUGGGACUUUGGCGUUCAGGUCAUCAAGGAGGGCGAAGAGAACGAUUUCGAGUUUGACAUUCUCGAUGCUACGAAGAUCUGGCCCGAGGACUUGGUGCCAAUUCAGAACGUCGGAGUGCUUCAGCUCAAUCGCAAUCCGGACGAAUACUUCACCCAAACUGAGCAAGUCGCCUUCUCGACUGGUCAUGUGACCCCUGGGAUCGGCUUUUCCGACGACCCUCUUCUCCACGGCAGGAACUUCUCUUAUCAGGACACUCAACUCUCGCGCAUUGGCAUCAACUUCCAGGAGCUCCCCAUCAAUCGACCACUGUGCCCGGUCAUGAACAACAACAGAGAUGGACAAGGUCGUCACACCAUCACAAAAGGCACGGUCAACUACUGGCCCAACCGUUUUGAAGCCGUGCCACCCGCCAAAGCCGAGGAGGGCGCUUACAUCGAGUACCCUCAGAAGGUCGAAGGCAUCAAAGCACGCCUGAAGUCGAAGAAGUUUGCCGAGCACUUCAGCCAAGCACAGCUGUUCUACAACAGCAUGUCUGAGCCGGAGAAGAUGCAUAUGACUGCUUCCUUCGGCUUCGAGCUGGACCACUGCGAAGAUCCGGUUGUCUACAAGCGCAUGUCUCAACGACUGGCUGACAUCGAUCUCAAGUUGGCCCAAAGCGUAGCAGAGCUGGUCGGUGGCCCCGUACCUCAGACGGCUGGUCGCACGAAUCAUGGUAAGACUGCCAAAGGUCUCAGCCAGACUGAGUUCGCGCCCAAGACUCCCACCAUCGAGACUCGUCGUGUCGCCAUUAUCAUCGCAGACGGCUUCGACUCCACUGCGUACAACGGCAUUGUGGCUGCAUUGAAGGCUCAGAAGGCUCUGCCAUUUACUAUCGCACCAAGGAGGAGCCCAAUCUUCGCUGCGGGCGAGAGCAAAGACUCCGGCAAAGGUACCCAGCCAGACCACCACUUGGAGGGCAUGAGAUCUACCAUGUUCGAUGCGAUCUGCGUACCAGGGGGCGCCGACUCCGUUGCUACCCUCCGCAAGAAUGGGCGUGCCCUCCACUGGGUGCGAGAAGCCUUUGCCCACUUAAAAGCCAUCGGCGCAACUGGCGAGGCUGUGGAUUUCAUCCGCGACGCAACCGAGCUUUCAGGCAUGCAGUACUCCACUAGCGCAGCUGUGACGGAGAGCUAUGGUGUGGUCACUGCCGCACAGAUCGAGCCGCAGAGCUUUACAGAGGCUGUCAAGAUGGUCAAGGACGCGGCCGAUUUUGUGGGUUCCUUCACCUUUGCGAUCUCGCAGCACAAGAACUUUGAUCGUGAGCUUCAGGGGUAUCCUCUGAUGGUGGCUUACUAGAGAUGUGGUGGGAGAAUGUGAGAACUUCAAGUAGCUAAUGGAACGGAACUGUAUUUUCUC